UGAGACAAUUGAAAAGGCGAAGCACACAGAUGAAAAUAAAGGGGGAAAUGAUUGGCCAUCAGCAGGUGAAAACACCACAGUGUUGUUGCUGGGAAAGAACAACGAUGACAAAUGUCUGAUAGGAAACAUCAUCCUUGGAGAAAAACAAUUCAAGUCAAAAGACUGUGAGAGAAAUAAAGGAAAAGUAGCAGAUAAGAGUGUCGUUAUCAUCAAAACUCCAGACUGUCUCCACUCAGAUCCAGCUGCAGUACAUAGUAUGGAGGAGAUGAACCCAUCAUACACAGGUCCUCGUAUAUUCCUCUUGGUAGUGCAGGAAAAUGAAGCGUCUCAAGAAGAGACAACCCAGCUGAAGAAAAGAUUUGGAGAGAAAAUGGUAGAAAACACAAUCGUUGUGCUUAUUAGUGAUAGAGAGGAAAGUCUUCAAGAGCUAUAUAAACGAGCUGAUGAGAACCUCAAAAAACUUCUAAAUGAUUUUGAAAAGAGAGUUUGUGUUCACAAGAAGACUCAAGGGAUGAAGGAUCCUGAGCUGAUCAAACAGAUAAUAGAGAUAUGGGAUCAAAUGCAGAAACAGAAUCAGGAGUCAACCAACUCUGCAUCUGAUGAAGACAUCCUGUAUGAGAAUGUUGACCACAUUGAACCGAUGAAGCAAACAGAUGAAAACAAAGGGGAAAAUGCCCAGGCAUCUUCAGAUGGACACAUCACAGUGGUGUUGCUGGGAAAGAGCAACAAAUGCAAAUGUCUGAUAGGAAACCGCAUUCUUGGGAAAGAACAAUUUCAUCCAGAAGUUGUCACUUGUGAAACAAAUAAGGGAAAAGUAGCAGAAAAGAGUGUUGAUAUCAUCAAAACUCCAUACCCUUUCAAUUCAGAUCCAAUGACAGACAGCAUAGAGCUGUUGAAGCCAUCAUACGCAGGUCCUCGUGUAUUCCUCCUGGUACUGAAAGAAAAUACGGUGUCUUCAAAAGAGAUAGAGAUGUUUACCAAACUGAAGAAGAAGUUUGGAAAACAAAUAGUGGAAAACACAAUUGUGUUGUUUAACAAUGAAAAAUCCAUUGUCAAAAAUGACUUUUAUAAACAGCUUCUAAAAGAGUGUGGAAAUAGAUGUUGCCUUUACAACAGAUACAUAACAAAAGCUCAACUGGUCGAUCAACUGAUGAAAUACACAAAAGAAAUGAUGGAGAAGAAUCAAGCUUCUAAAUCUGCACAAGAAAGGACAUACAACAAGAUUACUCCUUUAAAUAUUCCUGAGGAGCCAAUGCUACCACCGACAUCAGUUUACCAGGAUUGUCAGCAGCCGGCAGCAAUGACUGUUAUAGACAGCAGCUUCAUGACCAUUGUGCUGUUGGGACAGACAGGAAGUGGAAAGAGCGCAACAGGAAACACCAUCCUGGGACAGCAACAGUUUGAGUCUCGUGCCAGUUCUGUGCCGAUUACAACGUCUUGCAAUAUAAAAGAAGAAACAGUCUGUCACAUGAAGAUCAGGCUCAUAGACACUCCAGAUUUCUUUAAUGAAGAUCUUAAGAAUCAAGACGAACAGUUACGCUAUUGCAAAGAGCUCAUUCAGCACAGGCCUGUUGUGUAUUUGUUGGUUAUGCAUCUCGGUCGUUUUACAGAUGGAGAGAGAGAGGUUCUGCCACGCUUGAAGAAAGAGUUUGGUGAGGACGUGACUUCAAAAACUGUGAUUCUUUUCACCGGUAAAGAGAAGUUGAAUGGUAAAACUUUGGAAGAUUAUAUCAAUGGAAGUGAUCAGGAACUUCAACAGCUGAUCAGAACCUGUGGCUCAAGAUGUGUUGCAUUUGAAAACAACAAGAAAAACCAUCAACAAGUAAAGGAACUUAUGGAGAUCAUUGUGAAAAUGCAGACAGAUGGAAACAUUCCUGGGAUGAUGCCACAACAUCCUAACAUUAAACAAAUCAACAUCCCACAAAAGAUAAAGGACGCAGAAUGCAGAAUCUUGUAAAGACAAAAUGUGUGUGGAUGUUAAAUUACUCAAUCCUUUCCCAUCUGUUACACACCUGCAUGCAUUAAAUGAAUAUAAUAUAAUGAUAAAUGUAUUCAUGUCAGUUUUAGGUCUGUUAAUAGUUGUGCUACAGAUAAACCAUACAUGUUACCCCUUAAUAUUUACUGUACAUUUCUCUGGGAAUAAAAGAUAAAGUGGUUAUUAAACUUUGAAUCUUCAAUUGCCCUUACAUUUAAAAGAUUCAAAUAAAAAUAAUUUGUAAACUUGCAUUACCUGAUCAAUUAAAGUCUGGGC